AUGGCGCUUCCAAUAGAGCUGGCUCUCUAUUUGGCCAUCUACUUCUGCACUCUUCUGCCGCUCCUCCUCGUCUGCUCUCUUCUGCUUCCUGUCGCCCGCCGCCUCUCCAACCUCUCUGUCGUCUCUGCUGUUCUGGACUCCGCCUCCGACUUCUUUCGCGAUUCUGUCAACUGCGGUAUCAUCGGCUCUUUCCCGGACUCGCCAUUGAUACUGGCCAUACUCUUCGACGAAGCCAUUCCGCAAGGCGACGUCACCAGCCGAAAGCACCAGAAGCAGCUGAAGCAAUGGAGGCGAGGCCUCAAAUGGGAGUUUUAUGUUUGA